CAUGUUGGUGAUUGUCUCAUCUAUGGUGUGUGCGGCCUUGAGCAGUAUGAUCUUAGGGACUUUUAUGUGCGUUCUUGUGAUAUUAUCUCGAAAGCUCCAAAUAAAUCCGGAUAAUAUCGCAUGCCCAAUGGCCUCGUCACUUGGAGAUUUGCUUACAUUAAUUAUUCUCGCGGUUUGUGGUGAAUUUCUUUUGCAAUAUCUUCAUAGCUGGACUAGCACCAUAGUUUUCUUUGUUCUAAUGGUCAGCAUACCUUUAUGGACGUGUAUGGUUCGUACUAAUAAAUAUGUACGAGAUUUAUUGGUGAAUGGAUGGACACCCCUGUUUGUCGCUAUGAUUAUUGCAAGCAUAGCCGGCUUGAUUCUAGAAGAAUACAUUGAAGAAUAUAAUGGACUUGCACUUUUAACGCCUGUUCUUAGUGGUAUCGCUGGUAACAUUGGAUCCAUAUACGCAUCAAGGAUAUCCACCCACCUUCAUGGUGGUGGGGAAGAAUCUUAUCGCCGAUCCGAAUUAAUAUUAUUUCUGAUUCACAUCCCGGUUGAACUCUUGUUUUUAAUAUCCGCUUCGUGGUUUGAC